AUGAAAGGCCAGAUCGUGGCGGAUUUUAUAGUGGAUCAUGACAUGGUCGAAUCAUCCCUGAAUGUGGUCGACACCAUACCAUGGCGUCUAUAUUUCGACGGAUUGAGUCACAAAGACGGAACAAGAGUCAGGGUUUUGAUAUUAUCCCCUAAGGUAGGCCCGACGAAGUUUAAGUAUAAGAUCAACAAGAAGUGUUCCAACAACGAAGCCAAAUACGAGGCCUUAAUAGUAGGCCUUCAGCUUUUGAAAGAGUUAGGAGCGAGUCUAAUUGAAGGGAUGGGAGACUCGGAGUUGAUAAUAAAGCAAGUCACGCGCGAAUAUAAGUGCAUUAAGGGGAGUAUGCUGAAUAUCUUUGUGACUGCAACGCAGCUACUAGAACACUUCGAAGUUGCAGACAUAAGACAUGUGCCCAGGAGAGAGAACCAAGAGGCCAACAAGCUGACCCAAGUCGCUUCAGGGUAUAACAUGUCUAAGUCGAGGUUACAAAAUAUGAUCGAGGUUUGA